AUGCCGCCCUCCGGGCUGCGGCUCCUGCCGCUGCUGCUACCGCUGCUAUGGCUACUAGUGCUGACGCCCGGCCGGCCAGUCGCGGGACUAUCCACCUGCAAGACCAUCGAUAUGGAGCUGGUGAAGCGGAAGCGCAUCGAGGCCAUCCGUGGCCAGAUUCUGUCCAAACUACGGCUCGCCAGCCCCCCGAGCCAGGGGGAGGUGCCGCCCGGCCCGCUGCCCGAGGCCGUGCUCGCCUUGUACAACAGCACCCGCGACCGGGUGGCGGGGGAGAGCGCCGAGCCGGAGCCCGAGCCCGAGGCGGACUACUACGCCAAGGAGGUCACCCGCGUGCUAAUGGUGGAAAGCACCAACAAAAUCUAUGAGAAAACCAAGGACAUCUCACACAGCGUGUACAUGUUCUUCAACACAUCAGAGCUCCGGGAAGCGGUGCCGGACCCUCUAUUGCUGUCCCGGGCAGAGCUACGUCUGCAGAGGCUCAAGGUAAAAGCCGAACAGCACGUGGAGCUGUACCAGAAAUACAGCAACAAUUCCUGGCGCUACCUCAGCAACCGGCUGCUGACCCCCAGUAACACGCAGGAGUGGUUGUCCUUUGACGUCACUGGAGUCGUGCGGCAGUGGCUGAGCCAAGGAGAGGAGAUAGAGGGCUUUCGUUUCAGCGCCCACUGCUCCUGUGACAGCAAAGACAACGUGCUCCAAGUGGACAUAAACGGGAUCGGUCCCAGACGCCGGGGUGACCUGGCUGCCAUUCAUGACAUGAACCGGCCCUUCCUGCUCCUCAUGGCCACCCCACUGGAGAGGGCCCAGCACCUGCAUAGCUCCCGGCACCGCCGAGCCCUGGACACCAACUACUGCUUCAGCUCCACAGAGAAGAACUGCUGCGUGCGGCAGCUAUACAUUGACUUCCGCAAGGACCUGGGCUGGAAAUGGAUUCAUGAGCCCAAGGGCUACCAUGCGAACUUCUGCCUGGGACCCUGCCCUUACAUUUGGAGCCUGGACACGCAGUACAGCAAGGUCCUGGCUCUGUACAACCAGCACAACCCAGGCGCAUCGGCGUCGCCGUGCUGCGUGCCGCAGGCUCUGGAGCCUCUGCCCAUCGUGUACUACGUGGGCCGCAAGCCCAAGGUGGAGCAGCUCUCCAACAUGAUCGUGCGCUCCUGCAAGUGCAGCUGAGGCCGGGCCCGGCCCCGCCCCGCCCCACCCCGCCCCGGCAGGCCCGGUCCCGCCCCCGCCCCGCCCGCCGCUCCCGGGCUGUAUUUAAGGAUUUCUGCGCCCCAAGCCCACCUGGGGGGCUCAUUAAAGGUGAGAGUGGA